AUGGUGGAAACUGAAGAGCAAAAUGGUUCUAAUAGUAAUAACUCGGAUAAACGAGAACAUAAUAAGAAAGCACGGUUUGGCAAAAAUACCCUUGCACUUUUGGAAGCUCAUACUUCAAAUAAUAGUAGUGAUACGCCUCGAACGUCUUUAAGUUCAAGAAAUUCAGAAAGUUCAGAUAAUGAAGAUAUUGGAGAUAAUCUUGAGCCAGAGACAAACUGGCAACAAGUCAUAGUGAACUCAUUUUUUAAAUUGAUUGGUGAAGAGCAACCUCGUAGUACUACCCAUAAUAGUGAACGUUCACUUAGAUCUCGAAGAAAAAAUUCUAAAGGCACUAGUAAUACACCAUUUAUUCCUACUGCAGCACAACUUAAUGCGCCUUACAUCGAAGAACAAGAUCCAGAGAAUUAUGAAUUUUUGGGUCCUUCACCUGAUAUAAAUCAAACCUCAGAAAGACAUUCAAUAGAUGAACAAAGCAAUUCAAUGGGUGAACCUGGUCCAUCUAAGGUUCGAGAAAGUUUAAAGGAAAGUAUUCUUAAGACGAAAAAAUUAGCAACUGUGAAUAGAAUUUUCUCAACACCUGGUGGCAAAAAACAUUUACAAGAUACAAAUGUAGAUUUGCUUUCUUUUCCAAGUCUAAUUGCCGUACCAUUGUUGUGGGCGAGAAAAGAUCAUAAAGAUCGUAGAUCGCCACCAAUUUUAGUUGAUUUUCUCAAAUUGGCCAUUACUGAUUCUUAUAUUGAUGCUGAUUCUAAAAAUUGGCAAAAUUCAUUCAGAAUUGAAUUAGAAUAUGGAGAUGUAAAAUGGGUAGUCAAACGAACAGGAUUUGAUUUUAUUACGCUUCACCUCAGUUUAAAUCGAAGGACAGAUUUACCAGACAUACCUAGGUUCCCUUCCGGUAUUACUAAUUGGUUUAGGGCCAAUUUAUUUAAUUGGCAUACUACUCAAGUGAGUCGCCAAGAUGCUGCUCGUGAAAGACGAGAAGAAUUAGAGAAAUAUCUUAUCGCAUUAAUAAAAUCCUUGAGUUUACAUGUUGCAUAUGAUUUAUAUGAAUUUUUGGAACUCAGUGCAAUCUCUAUUACUAGAGAUAUGGGAUGGAAGGGUAAAGAAGGUUACAUAGAAAAUAAAGUUGAACGAAUUAAGAAACCUAUCUGUUUUUCUUUAAGAUCAGGUGAAAAAUGGGAACGAGAAUGGGUGAUAGUUCGCGAUUCUGAUACAACUCCAGCAGAUGUUUUCCUUUUCGACAAAGAUUUUUUGUGUGAAAAGAUUAAUCCGUCUGGAAUAAAUAAAGUAAUAAUGAUUCAUGAUCAUGUCAGUAUAGGAAAUAGUUAUAGACGAAUUGAAAUGAAAGCUGAUGUCCGUACCUUAAAAGAAUUUAUGGAAAGUGUGGAGAGAGUUAAACUUUCCUCUCCAUGGGUCAAACAACAUAGGUUUGAUUCAUAUGCACCUAUUAGAAAAAAGGCAAAAGCUAAAUGGUAUAUUGAUGGCAAAGAUUAUCUUAAUGCUGUAUCACAAGCGAUAUUAGCAGCGACAUCGGAAAUUUAUAUCGAAGAUUGGUGGUUGUCUCCUGAAUUAUAUCUUCGUAGGCCCCCAUCUGAAAAUGAAGAAUUUCGCUUAGAUAAUUUACUUAAAAAGAAAGCAGAAGAAGGAGUGAUGAUUUAUAUCGUAGUAUAUAAAGAAGUUAAAUUGGCUUUAACUUUAGAUUCUCAACAUACGAAAACUCAUCUUCGAAAUCUACAUCCGAACAUCAAAGUUCAACGUCACCCAGAUCACGGACUUGAAGGAACUGUUUUUUGGGCGAAAAUGGUGGUUAUUGACAGUCACGUAGCAUUCAUUGGAGGGUUGGAUUUAUGUUUUGGACGGUACGAUACACAUGAACAUGAACUUUCAGACUUGGAUAAAGAUAAAAAAUUUGUAAUCUGGCCUGGACAAGAUUAUUCUAAUCCUAGAAUCAAAGAUUUCGCAGAUGUUGCGAAAAAUGCUUUGAUUGAUAACAUUGAAAGAGAUAAAUUCCCUCGUAUGCCAUGGCACGAUAUCGCAAUUGGAAUGGUUGGUCAACCAGCCAGAGAUGUGGCUAGGCAUUUUGUACGAAGAUGGAAUUUUAUAAAAGAAGAAAAAUCUGGAGGACAUCUAGAUUUGCCUUUCUUAUUGCCGAAAGGAGAAUAUGUGAGCACUCGUGAUGAAAGUAGAUUUAAGGGCACUUGUAAUGCACAACUUCUACUUAGUAGCACAUUUUGGAGUACUGGAACUAAUCCUGAGUAUUCUAUCUAUAAUGCAUAUUGUCAUUUAAUUAGAAAUUCUAAGCAUUUUAUAUACAUUGAAAACCAAUUUUUCGUUACAUCGACUGAAAAUGAUCCUAAUUAUGAAGUUAAAAAUUUAAUCGGCGGGUUUCUUGUCGAACGUAUUAUUAAAGCUCAUAAAAGUAAUGCAAAAUUCCGUGUUAUAGUUGUUAUGCCUCUAUUACCCGCUUUUGAGGCUGAUUUGAAUUCGAAUGAUGCCGGAACUAUCCGUAUGGUUAUGCAUUGGCAGUAUGUUUCAAUUUGUCGUGGUGGGAGAUCUGUAUUGGAAAAAAUUAAAAGUGCUGGAGUAAAUCCAGAGGAUUAUAUAUCAUUCUUUGCGUUACGUAAUUAUGGCAAGAUUUCUCAAGUAGAAUCUAUUUCUACUAAUGGAUCAGUUAAGGAUAAAACGGUCAAUAUAAAUCCAUCAUCUAUAGAUGCUUCAGUUGAGUCUAACGAAGAUUCACAAGAAUCAAAAAAUCAUGAAAACGAAUUUCCGAAUGUCAGUGAGAAUAAUCCAGUUGAUAAUAAACAAGUUAAACCUUCUGGUGAUGCAAAUAAUAAAUUUGUCUAUAUCACAGAAGAGGUUUAUAUACAUAGCAAGUUGUUGAUUGUAGAUGACAAAUAUGUUAUUAUUGGUUCAGCCAAUCUGAAUGACAGAUCGCAGCUUGGAUAUCGUGAUUCUGAAAUUGCAAUAUUAAUAGAAGAUAAAUCUACAAUAAAAUCUCGUAUGGACGGAAAUGAGUAUAUGGCUUCUAAAUUUGCAUACACUUUGCGCAAUGCUUUAUUCAAAGAACAUCUUGGUCUUCUUGAAUAUCAAGAUCAUUCUUCCAUAACCAAAAGCUGCUUAUCACCUGACGAUCCUCGCAUAUUGCGUGAAAUGUUAAAAGAAAAAGAUCCUGACGUUAUUUCAUCUCUAGAAAAAAUGGCACCAGAAAACGAACUUAAACACCCAACAAAGGAAGAUUUGAUUGUCAUGGAUCCUUUGUCUGAUGAAUUUUAUGAUUAUUGGAGUAAAACUGCUCAACGUAAUACUGAAGUUUAUCGUUCUGUAUUUAGAUGCGUUCCAGAUGAUAAUGUUACUACUUGGGAAAAAUACGAGAAUUUUGUGCCCGAUCGAACAAAAGUUCCAAUAGGACAUGCAGCAAAUCAAGCUGAUGUAGAAACGAUUAAAGACAAAUUAUCUAACGUCCGUGGACAUUUGGUUGAGUUUCCAACUCGCUUCUUGCAAUCAGAAAAUUUAUUAAGCAGUGUAAUCUCGAAUGCAGUUACUCCUGCUGAAAUAUUUACAUAA